CUUACCAAUUCUCUUGAAUACAUUCUCCUUAGUUUCUGAAACCUACCCUCAUCGGGUCUCCAAGAGGCCAAGAAAGGACCCUCUUUCUCGGUUUCUCGGAGUCUCAUCAUUCUCUUCUUUUUCACUUUUUCUUCCACCACACGGCAACCUCAAAAAAAAAAGCCCUAGAUUUAUAAAAAGAAAUGGAUUCCACGGAGCUAAAACGUGUGUUCCAAAUGUUCGACAAGGACGGAGACGGAAGAAUCACUACAAAGGAGCUAAACGAGUCAUUAAAAAACCUCGGAAUCAUAAUACCAGAAAGCGAGCUAACGCAAAUUAUCCAAAAGAUCGAUGUCAAUGGUGACGGUUGUGUUGACAUUGAAGAGUUUGGAGAGCUAUACAAGACGAUAAUGGUAGGGGAUGAGGACGAGGUAGGAGAAGAAGAUAUGAAGGAAGCGUUCAACGUGUUUGAUCGGAACGGAGACGGGUUUAUAACGGUGGAUGAAUUGAAAGCGGUUCUAUCUUCCUUGGGACUCAAGCAAGGUAAGACGUUGGAGGAUUGUAGGAAGAUGAUAAUGCAAGUGGAUGUUGAUGGUGACGGUAGGGUUAAUUACAUGGAGUUUAGACAAAUGAUGAAAAAGGGUCGUUUCUUUAGCUCAUCGAGCUGAUAAUUACUUUUUAACUGUUUUUACUUACUGUUGAUUUUUGUAAGAGUUUGGUUAAUUUACUUCAUCCAACAAUUCUCUUGCGGUUUAGAAAAAAAAACACAUAAUCUCAUAAACGAACUAAAUCGAUUAGAAUUGCGAGCGCAUAUUGUAAAACUUGUAGUUUCGUCUGUUUAAUAUGUAAUGAGUGAUGAUGUUUUUGUUUCUAUUCACUUAACCUGAAUUUCAAACAAGAGCUUUCUCAAUACCAG